GUGAUGGCGGCCUGCAGGUUGGAGUUCUCACAUGUCUGCACUCUGCCGGCAUAGAAUUUCCGGAAGGCAGGCACAGGUUAUUAUAAUAAUUCGAUAAAGGAAAGAGCAAGGACGUCGCCCAAGAAUGCAGGUCGGAGGAUUCCUUCUCCUUGCUUUCGGAGUCAUCGCACUCCUCAUCAGCUCUGCCAUUCAUCGCAUCGAGGAAGGACACGUCGGCGUUUACUAUCGCGGAGGUGCUCUGCUGAGGGAAGUUUCCUAUCCAGGCUAUCACAUGAUGGUCCCAUUCAUCACCUCAUUCCGGUCUGUCCAAGUCACAAUGCAGACAGAUGAGGUUAAGAACGUCCCAUGCGGCACUAGUGGAGGAGUCAUGAUAUACUUUGAUCGUAUUGAAGUGGUCAACAUCCUCAGUGCAUCAGCAGCAUAUGAGAUGGUGAAGAACUACACCGCAGACUAUGACAAGACACUUAUUUUCAACAAGAUUCACCAUGAGUUGAACCAAUUCUGCAGUGUUCAUAGCCUUCAAGAAGUGUACAUUAACCUAUUUGAUCAGAUUGAUGAAAAUCUGAAGGUGGCAUUGCAGCGUGAUCUCACUGAGAUUGCCCCAGGACUCUCUGUUCAAGCAGUUCGAGUCACCAAGCCCAAAAUCCCUGAAUCCAUUCGCAAGAAUUAUGAACUCAUGGAAGCAGAAAAGACAAAGUUGCUGAUUUCCAUUGAGAAGCAGAAAGUGGUUGAGAAGGAUGCAGAGACAGAGCGCAAGAGAGCCAUCAUUGAGGCUGAGAAAGUAGCUCAAGUCUCUAAGAUCCAAUUUGAACAAAAGGUAAUGGAGAAGGAAUCCAUUCAACGCAUGUCAAAGAUUGAAGACGAGAUUCAUCUGGCUCGAGAGAAGAUGAAGGCUGAUGCUGAGUUCUAUUCUGUCCGUCACGUGGCCGAGGGAAAUAAGCUUCUCCUCACAACUGAGUUCCUGGAGUUGAAGCGAUAUGAGGCCAUUGGGCGGAACUCAAAGAUCUACUAUGGACCAGCGAUCCCCAAUCUUAUCGUGGAACAGCCUUUAACUGGUACUCUGUCACCUGAUACCCACUCAUCUGAGGCCAUAUCACCUGUGGAUGUGAAGAAGAUGGCUUCUGCCAUCUUUGAUGAGGUUUCCAAGAACCAAUCCAGGGAAUGAGGACUUCUGUCAGGGGAUAUUUGAAUCCACAAAUCAUCUGUGAUCCUGUGGGAAUCUUUGUGAUAUUUCAAUGAUGACUCAUCACAGGAGGCAAGGUGAAAGUUGUUUUUCUCAGGGAAGGGUGAGCAAGCAAAGUGAAUGCCAUUUCUGCUCUGUUCCAUCAGAAUUCUCCUUUUGUUACUUGAGGAUUUCCUGCGAGGAAGUUUCAUUAAAGUAGUGGGUUUGCUGAUUGAUUUUUUAUCUUCAUGGAAGGAAUGAAUAUAAAAUACGACUGGUUUAAGGAAUCCUCAUGAUGCAAUCACAUUUUUUAAUGCAGAUCAGAAGCUUAGCAUGGAUUAUGUUGUGUUGAAUGGGGUAGACAAACACUACUUGCUCAUUCUCCCUCUCCCUGCAAGAUUUUUACAUCCACAGAGUGUUCUUGCCAUCUAUAUUCCAUUCCUUUUGGGUUAUAAUGGAGAGAAAAUGUUUUUUCCUGGAUAUUGUCAUAUGCUUCUCUUCUUGUACUGACACCUUUUUUUGUUUAGUUCUCCUUUGGCACUAUAUUUUGGCAGCCUUCUGCUUUUCUUAUGCAUCUUGCUGUUCUCUCACGUAGCUCAUUUUCAUAGAUGGUUGCAACAGGCAGUUGUUGAUUUCAUCAUCUUUAGUGAGAGUGGAUGUUUUCUUGAUUUUGUAGUGAAAUGUCUGGGGUAUCUUUCAAAUUAUUUGUAUGAAUCAGCAUAUUAGUGGACA